AUGAAUUUUUCCAAAGUGCCUGUUGAGUUGAUCACGCAUAUCAUCACCUUCUUGGAAUACGACAGUAAUUUGAACUCUUUCGUAAGAACGAGCAAAUUCCUAUACCAUCUGCUGAACGAUUAUCUAUAUCGACACAAUGUCCUCUAUUUUGGUAGCUCCGCCCUUGAAUGGGCUGCGCGAAAUGGUGUCGAGGCUACUGCGCGAAAGGCACUAGCGGCCGGCGCUUUACCAAGUGCUUGCGUGGACGAAGAAUGGCAGCCGAUGGCCUUAGCAGCGGCUCACGGACACGAGCAAGUAGUCAAGCUAUUUCUGGAUCUAGGUCUUGAUCCAUGUCGGAAGGAAGGGUGGCGACCCCUCACAGAAGACUUUCAGAACCAGGAAGAUGCUGACGAAGAGGGAAAUCCGAACUUGCAUUACAAAUGUGAGAGUGAUCCGCUCAGCCUUGCGAUUACCCAUGGCUGCGAGAACGUUGUUCGCUUGCUCAUUACACAUGGCGCCAUGAAAGAUUGGAACACCCAAAAUGCGACCGAUGCCAUGUACCUGGCUGUCACCGGUGGACACUUGGCUCUAGUCAAAUUACUGGCAGGUUUGUUUCCUGACAGUAUCAAUGGAGCCAGUAUGUAUAGUGAUAUGCCCUCUCUAUCUCUUGCGAUGUAUAAGAAUGAGUUGGAAAUUGUUCGACAUUUGACCAGUCUUGGUGCCGAUUUAAAUGCUGCAUGCAGACAGGAAAUCUUUCCACUGGGCUGGGCAGCCAUACAAGGAGAUUUUAAGGCCAUCACUUUCCUCGUAGACAACGGAGCCUGUCCGGACCCGAUGAUGCGUUACGGUGCUACAUUAUGGCCUUUGAGAUGGGCAGCCGAAAGAGAGGAAUAUGAUGCCGUGGACUACCUCCUCUCAAAGAUUGAUGUGAAAGCUAAGAUCUCCAAGGGGGGCGAGGACUUGACUAUCCUUUUGUUUGUUGCGGCGCUUUGUGGGCUUGAGAGUCUUCUCCGGGAGAUUCUUGCGAGUGGAUGUGAUGCAAAUAGCAUUUGCGACUAUGGUUAUCCAAAUGUCUCUUGUUGUCCCCGCCCAGCACUCUCCGCUGCGGCGCAAACAGGGCGUGUUGAUAUUGCGACCAUUCUUCUGGAACAUGGUGCAAGUCUUUAUGGAGAGGAAGAUGAAUACAUGGACUACGACCCGGAGUAUCAGCCCCUCUUUUCAGCCUGUCGAGGUGGUCAUAUCGAGGUAGUGAGGUUGCUACUCGAUCAUGGCCUCGAUCUCAGGAAAGCAGAGACCAAAAAUAAGUCAGCAGUGAUUGCAGCCAUGGGAUUCCCUCAAAUCAUUGGUUUGCUUCUUUCGCGAGGUGCGGACGGCCAAGCGCAAUUUCGUGACGACGGAGCAGAUCCCAUGACAAAGGCCGUCAGUUCUGGACAUAUUGCAUCUAUUCAAGUCUUACUCGACCACAAUGUGCCCGUUAAGCCUUCCGUCUUUUUCGCCUUGAACGAAAGCCUGAUCGGCGAAGCAUCAAAAGCGGAGGACGGGGCGUCUGUCCUGAAUCUUCUGGCUGGGCAUGGUGUGAUGCCACUGGCGGAGAAUAGAGACGCGGAACUAGCGUUGAGAGAGACUAUUCGGCGAGGAUCUGCAAAGGUCACUGAGUUAUUCCUCAAACGCGGAUUCGACCCAAACUUUAAAUGGGACGGUCACCCACUCUAUUCAAGAUCAUACCUGGAGGAUGCAUUGAAAGCCAAGGACCUGGAAGAUGCAGAAGCAACCAUUAGUGUGCUCCUACGCUAUGGCGCAGAUAUCCGAGAUCUUCAAGGCUACCAACACAAUUUCUCCCCCCUUGAUAGUGAGUCAAAAUGCCUACAAUUCGCUCGACUUCUUCUAGACCGAGGAGCAAAUCCUCUUCCGGAAAGCCGCUUUGGUUUAUCGCUUCUUGAGUUGGCGGCGAAGAGCAACUUCAAAACGUUCCUUCGCGAGAUAUUGCGCUACAUUGAUGCGCAGAACCUACCAUUUGCUGAUAUACAUCGAAACUUCUCUUUGGUUGAGUCCAAUCCAGAAGUACAGAAGAAUUGGCACGCUAUGAGCAUUUGGGAGAGCUUCUACUGGAGAAAUAGAUAUCCCAUGUCUUCUUAA